AUUCAACAAAAACGGCUUCUACCGGUUCGAUAUUAUAGUUUUUUCCUAUUUUUGCUCCAAUUCCUAUUGGAUUCCGUAUUGGUUGGAACAGUAAAGGUGCAUUCAGCAAAAAAUUGUAAGCAAUGGCAUAUCCAGACGGUAUUUUUGGAAUUGGUGGUGACAGGCAGUUCAUGGAUACGUUGUAUCUUUACUACAAGAAUAAAAAAGACCUAUACAACGAGAACUGCAAAUCUUCCGAUGAUCACACUGUAAAGGAAUGUCAACUCUAUUUGUACUAUUUAAAAGCCAUCGAGCACUGUCUGUUGAAGAUAAACAAACUCGAAAAUCGCAAUACUCAACACUUUUACCUAAAUUGGAUUCGAUGGAACAUGGAUGUGAUCCUCAACGAAUUGCUGCACUUUAGAGAAAUCAGCACGUGCGAGAAUACGCUGCAAUGCAUUGAGUCGGUGAAACAAGCAAUCCAACGUGUGUUUUUUGCAAAUUUCCAAUUGACAGCAUCAGAGAAGGCAAUCAGCAAUCAGUAUGUGCACAAUUUGGAAGCGGUGUGUCGCUCCGUUCGCCCCAGAAGUAACGUGCUAAUCAACACUUGCAAGAUAUACAUAAAUUAUGUGAAUCUGCUGCAAAAGAAAUGCUACAUCGACAAACUGGACCGCGACGACGUGACAUUUGCACAAAUGAAUGCUGAGGUGGACCUAUUAAUAGCAAAAUUGGAUGCUGGUAACGUGGAUCCAAUUUUGCGUGCACAAAUGGUCGAAGUAAGAAAAAUGUACGAGAAUUUUCGGUUGAUGGACGCAAUGUUGAGAAAAAAGGACGAUGAGAAUAUCAAGAUUGGACUGGAAUUGGCACAUGGACGGGCAACGGAAAGUUUCAUUCAAAUGACACUUCGAAAGACCGCCGAAGUAAUUAGUCAACUGAAGCUGAAACUAAUCCAGUUGCGGGAUCGAGCAUGGGAGGCAUCGCUCGUUCUGUUCAAUCCCAGAAAAACAGUCGACAGUUUCAUACAAUUUUUCAAGCAUCCCGUAGACUCUAUCAAGGGCGCACUAAGUUGGGCAAAAGAAAAUCCUUGGAAAUUUGCUGGUAUUGUGUUGGGAGGCAUAGCUAUCGGUGCAGUUAUCGGUGUUGGUAUUGCGUUUGCGGCCCCAACCAUAUUGGCUUCAUCAUUUACAUCAAUACUUCCUGGCGUUGUCACCUCUGCCUUAACUGUUGCUAGUAGCUCGGUUGCUGUAACCGCGGCUGUCACAGGUGUCGGUUUGGGGAUAACAGGCGUGGGUCUUUUGGGCGGUAACACGAUCGUGUUGAAAGAGGAAGAACAGCUUAUUGAAUUAGAGAUUCAACGGAAAGCAAGAGCUGCCGAUACUGAGUUAGCGGUAAAUAAACACGAAGGUGAAUCUGUUGCUAGCAGUUGCCUGUUAGAAGAGGAGAAACGCGAGUAUCUGAAGCGGCAAUCUUCGGCAAAUGAAUAUUUCCGAAAGUAUGAACAGGCAGAACAAACACUAAACGAUUCAAGAGCGAGUCAAAUAGGAAAUAUGUCGAUUGACCAAUUGAACGGAAGCGAGCAGUCGUUAGCUUUGCACCAGAAAGAACUGCAGGAUGAAUUGGACCGAACCCGUAUAAAUCUUGCAGCGGUCCAGGCUGCUGCUGCUAGGAAACAGACUGACAUUAUAAAACUGAAGGAAGGAUAUGAGGCCCUUCGCAGACUUAUGGAAGAUGCGAGUGAUGAAACCAAUAUUGAAGAUACUGGUGUGUGAAAGUUGUUUAAGAAG